UAUUGCCGGAACUCGAAUCCGUUUUUUAAAUUCACUACAAACGUGUGUAACGGAGUCGUUUGUUUCGUUCGAUUGAACAAAUCCAGAAAACAAAACAAGAAGAAGAAGAAGAAAAAUUUUAACAUAAAAAAAUAACACAAAAUUACGCGCGAUUUUUUUUUUAAUAAAUGCAAUAAGGAGGCGACAUUUUUUUCUCCAACCAACCAAAAUAACCAAGAGCAAAGUGCAGUCAGAAGAAUCAACAAAAACGGAAGAAUCACAAUUUUGAAUAUCACCAACAUCAAGAAAGCCAGCCAUUUUGAACGAAUUGUAGCCAAUAUCGUAGAGCCGGGACGAAAAACCAAAUUGGAAUAAACAUCGAAUUUGUAGACUCACUGGAUCAAAAAUACAAUUCUACAAGCGGUAGACGGAAAGAACAUCAUUUUUGGCAUAAUUUCCAAAAAAAAAUCAAUUUCAACCGUCGAAAAUUAUCGACCAAAGGAUCUACCAGCAAUAGUUUCCGCCAAAGUUGUUUUUUCGUUAUUUUUGUGGUUAAUGUUGUGAGAAAAUUAGAGACACAGAAACGUGUGAACAGUGCCUUUUUGGCCAGAGGGUGUAGUUACGCCAGGCGCACGAUAAUUCAAAAGUAAUUACCUUUGCUCAUAUUUGAUCAAAACAGCACGGUGGAAAGUGAAAAAAAUAGUGUGAUCGAAUCGAGAGCGCAAAUAAUCGGCGAAAAGUAGAUAAAAUCCAAAACUAUUCGAUAGAAAGAAGCGAUUUUGAUCGAAGAAGGAACUUUCUUGUUUUCAUUGCAAGUGAAAGUUGAAUUGAAAAAGUCGACGAGGAAAUUCCUUCCUACCCGAAUCCAAAGCCAACAGGGAUAGAAAUCCAGUGAAGAGAAAAACAUUGCUCUUUUCUAUUGGUUGUGAAGAGGUUCUUCAAAUACGCACAAACCGAUUUUGGUAUCACCACAAAACGGCCGGAUUAUUCAAGUUUGCUAUUGAGAACAGAGCGAGUGACACGCAUACGCUAAUCUCUAGCAUUCCGACAACCGUCCAGUUUGUUGAGAGUGCAUCGACGUCAAGUCGAUACCAAAAUCCACCGUAAAUUUUUAAUCUUUAUUUUCGUCUGUUCCGAAUGGCGAUAUCUGUCGCAAAGCAAUACUGCCCGGACUUUAAUAGCCUGAUUGAUCCUCUGCGCACACUGCAGAGCUUUGACUACUUUGGUUCAUACACGGAUCAGAUGGAAUUUACCAUUUCUACUGACUCGGAUGAGAUAAUCAAUCGAAACAACUUCCAUACAGCUCAAAAUCAAGAUUUACAGGAUAUUGAUUUCGCCGAAUCACCGGAAAAUUCGCCGACGUCGUGGCCAGCCGAUUAUCAGAAACUAUUGAACGGAUCAACGUUAGAUGUGAAUCAGAUGCAGCCACAAGGUAAGAAGCGCCGUAUGGAUUGGGAUUCGUUGGAUUUGAAUGAGAAUGGUAGCGGUGGCGAUGGCAAUGGCAUUGGUGUGGUCGAAUCAAAAAUGCCAAAUUUAGUGACCAAUGGAAAAGAGUGCGAACGCAAUCGCACCAAAAGUGUCAACGGAGCUCGGCUCGGUUGGACGGACGAUAUUGAUUUCGAUUUAAAUGGUGAUUUAACCAAUAAUUCGUAUUUGAAUAAUGAUUCAUUUUUGUCGCUGUCAUCAGCAUUAACGGUUCUGAAGCAGGAAAUUCCAUCUCCAUUCGGAAAUGAUCAAGCUAAGAAGAUUGUUAAGGCAUCGCCGCUCAACAAAGAACAAAUGGAUGAAAUUUCGCAAAUUGAACAGGCAGCAAAUGGCACAUCCAUGAAAAAUGGCAACAACACCGCCAUUAAUAACACCGGUACCAACAAUUCGGCUACAAAUGGUACUGUGGCUACUAACAACAGCGGUGCCAGUCCAAAUGCCAAUAUCGCCUGCCAUUUGAAUGGUAACAGUAACAGCAGUGCAUCGAACGAUCUUGUCAAUUGCUUGGAAUCGGUUGGCCAACAGGCCAACAAUCAAAACGAUCUGAAUGACGAACGCAAUGAUUCAAACAUUCUCAAAUCAGGCAUUGGUCAGACUAAGGAGGAUAAAUCCGCUGAAGAAUCCAAAUUUCAAUAUGUUUUAGCUGCAGCGACAUCAAUUGCAACGAAAAACAACGAAGAGACCAUAACAUAUUUGAAUCAAGGCCAGAGCUACGAGAUUAAGCUCAAGAAACUAGGCGAUUUGACGGCAUACCGCGGCAAAACUUUGAAGAGCGUCAUCAAAAUAUGUUUCCACGAGCGUCGCCUUCAAUACAUGGAACGUGAACAGAUGCACUUGUGGCAAGCAUCACGUCCCGGCGAACGAAUCAUUGAAAUCGACGUACCAUUAUCGUAUGGUUUGUGUCAUGUUGCUCAACCGCACAAUCCGAAUCUUUUGAAUGUGGUCGAAGUAUUAUGGGAUCCAAUGAAAGAGGUCGGCGUUUACAUAAAAAUAAAUUGUAUUUCGACCGAAUUCACACCAAAAAAGCAUGGUGGUGAAAAAGGUGUACCGUUUCGCAUUCAAAUCGAAACUUAUUUGGAGAAUAUGCUAAAUGGAAAUGGGAAUAGCAUCAAUACAAUUGGUACAAUUACAGAAAAUAUAAAGCCAAUUCACGCGGCCGCCUGUCAAAUCAAGGUGUUCAAAUUGAAGGGAGCCGAUCGCAAGCACAAACAAGAUCGAGAGAAAAUCCAAAAACGUCCGCCCGCCGAAAAGGAAAAAUAUCAACCAAGCUACGAAUGCACCAUUCUAAAUGACAUACCCAGCGAUUUUAUGAAUGUCAACAAUUACAGCCCUGAACACAUUCGCGGAUCUGGUUCUCCAUUGAUGUCCAACUCACCGAUUCAUAUGACCAAAUUUGAUGGUUUAUUCUCGACUGGCAAUAGCAACGGUGCAGGCAAUCCGAUUGGCAUCAAUAGUGUUUCGUCGACGAACUCCAAUGUUAAAAUUAUGGAUCAAAAUAUUUUAUCACCGUCAAAACCACAACAAGCAAUCGUUGACAGCGAUGAAUAUAAUAGCUCAAAUGGUGGCUUCAUUUCAACAUCUUUAAAUAUGUCAAAGGAUGCAACACCAUUGAUGUUAACACAAUGGCUGAAUAUGCAUCGGCUUGGCCAAUAUGUACCGACAUUUUCGCAAUUCUCUGGUGCCGAUCUGUUUCGCAUGUCCAAAGAAGAUUUGGUACAAAUUUGUGGUCUUGCUGAUGGCAUUCGCUUGUAUAAUACACUUCAUUCGAAAGCAAUUGCACCUCGCUUGACACUCUAUGUUAGCUUCGAUGGUAGCUCGUACCAUGCAGUCUAUCUCCACUCGAAUACGGCAAAAGAGCUAAUUCAAAAAAUUGUCAAAUUGCCGGGCUUCAGUGAUUGCUUGGCAAAUGCAUCGGCCAAUGUUGAGAACAAUCUAUUCUCGGGAUGGAAUCUGCAUUCAAAAUAUUCGGGCAGUGGAUCGAAUUUGUGCGACUCGACCAAAUUCAGUGUGUAUAUAAAUGGGCCGGCUGGUAUUCAUGUGUAUGUCACCGACGAAGUGUUGAGUAACAUCAAAGACGAAAGCCUCUUUACACUGGAAGUGCAAAACAAUAAGGUUGUCAUGAAGAUUGUCUACAAAAAUGAGAUUUGAAGUGUUUACGGCACGCUGAUGAGCGCCAUCAUUGCAAAUGAUAUACAUUACCCUAGAUAAACCCCAAAACACCUCAUAUUCAUCGCUCAAACGAUAUGAUUACUACAUACAAUAUUUUGCGCAUCGCAUGAGAUGAUAACGAGAGAGGAUUUUUUUUUUUUUCAAAUAAAAAACGAUUCAAUAUUUUAUAUGAACAUCCAGCUGAAAUCGAAUAACGACCAUUUAUUUCUAUUUCCAGUAGAAUUAGGCAAAGUAUCCAACAGAUUUUUUUUUAUUUCGAGUAAAUUUAUUUGAGGAAUCAUAAUUAUAAUUUUACAUAGAAACUAAUGUUAUCCCUUUUCAAAACUGUCUCUAGUUUUUAAUUUUUUAAAUGAUUUUUUUUUUUAAUUGAAAAUGCUUUUAUUCGAUGAUAAUUAUUUGUUAUUAAUUCCAUUUUUUUCUUUUUUUUGUUCAAAAUAAACUACUUCUAAACAUACAAUGUAAUACACACAUUUCAUGAUUUUGAAGAAAAGUACACUUUUCCCCGAUAAAAAUGUUGAAUGCAGCACAAAUAACAUGCGUCCAUUGGUGAGAAAAAUUGAUUCUAGCUAAAUGUUUAAUACAUUUUGAUUAUUAUUAAUUAGCAAUUAUGGCAGUUAAUUUUUUUCAGAUAAUUUCAUUCAUAUUUGGAUGUUUGAAAAAAAAGUGUUCGACAUUCACGAAAAACCGCAAAAUACGUGAUUUUUGUAUUGUGUACAAAUUAAAUUCUUUUUGCACAGCGAUUUAGUACUCAAUUUGUAGUUUUGAUCAAAAAAAUUUUAUAAUUCUUAAUAUCCCAAAAACCACAAUGCACCAUAAACACUGAGAGGAAUUUUGUUUUUGAGACAGAUCGACAAAUAGAUAGAUUGUUAUGAGUAAAACUAGAAUUUUAUCGUUUCACCCCAAAUUUACUACAAUUGUGUUUAUAUAUAGUCAUACGAGAAUAUAAAAAUGAUUUGUUGUAACAAAACGAUAAAU